AUGAAAAUUGAAAUUUGAACCUUUACAUUGAGGAUCAGUAGGACCAGGCCAGGGGAUGUGGAUCUGCGCACAGUUCGCAAUCUUUUUCUUUGGAAUCUUCCAGGAAGUUGCAUCGAAGACGUAUCUGGUGGAAACUUCAGGACAGCCAUAUAAAUCAGCAACAGAAAUACCGCAGGCCUACAAACCUAAGGCUGGGAGCGAUUACUCAGAUAUGGGUGAUAAUUCAGCAAUGAUGGGUAGUGGUUAUGCAACCACAGCAAGUGAUGGUUAUGCUGCCACAACAAGGGGUGGAUAUGGUGCCACAACAAGUAGUGGAUAUGCUGCCACAACAAGUAAUGGAUAUGCUGCCACAAGCAGUGCUGGUUAUACUGCCACAACAAGUGCAGGUUAUUCUGUAUAUUCUGGCCCAACAAGUGCUGGUAAUACUGGUACAACCUUAGACCCAAGUCCAGUUAAAGCCCAUUCUGGAGGCCCUUCCACAGGUUCUUUAGGUGCUAUGGAUUUUUCAAAGCCAAUCUGGAUCUCUGGACUUUCUACUGGAGUAACAAUUAAGAGAAUAGUGGAUGGAAAUGAGUUUGUCAUUACUGGUGAUGGUGUUACUGCAACAAUCAAUGGAUUUCCCAUCACAGAAGCAGAAUAUAGCAAAGUUCUGAAAGGAGAGAAGAUUACUGUUACAGCAGAUGGAAAAGAGGUUGUGCUUGAAGCCAAGGACAAAAAAGUCAUGUUUGAUGGUAAAUCAUUUUCAAACGGGGAAAAUAUUUCAAUGGAAUCUAACACAAUCAGAACCUCAGUCAUUCCAACCUACAGCAAAGAGUCCUUGUCUCAAGCAACACCAGGAAGAUUUGAUUUUUCUUCAUCAUCUUGGUUUUCAUCUCUUAUAAAAGAUACUUCAAUUCUGCGUAUUGUGGAUGGAAAUGAGUUCAGAAUAACUGGAGAUUCUACAUCAGCCACAAUCAAUGGAUUUUCUGUAACUCCAAAGGAUUGGGAAUCUGCUCUUGGUGGAAAACAGGUUACCUUACAGAGUGAGGAUGGAAAAACAGGAUUUCUUACUGCUUCUGAUGGAGAUGUCAAAAUAAACGGAAAAUCUUUGAUUGGAGGUCAUGUAAUACAAAAAAUGUCUCAGGUCAUUUACAACAAGAAUUCUGAUGAUGAAGCUGGAAAGGAGGCUGUUGUAACACAGGCAGCAACUGAAUCAAACGGUGAUGAAGUCUUUCUAACUGAAGAUGAUGAGAUAGUUGUUGAAUAUGAAGUAGAAGAUGUGGAAUCACCAUCAUCAGGAGGAGGAGAUGGUUCUAACAGUGACUCUGAAGCUGGCUCAGAGACAGAAAGUCUUACUACAAAGUCUGUAGCUUAUUCUGGAUCUGAGACAUCCAAAUCAUCUCUUACAACUUCACCCUAUCCCAGUACAAUCAGUGCUCUGAUAAAGGAAAAAAAUUGUACAGAAAAAGAUCCGGAAAUUACACCAGGACCUGUUCCCAGCAAAGGAGAUUCUGAAUGCAGACUACCAUUGCAGUGUGGUGGAAGGGAAAUUUGCACCAAGGAAAAUAAGUGUGAAUCUAUGGUGACUUGUGAGACUGAUGAGGAAUGUAGCGCAAAGACUAGGUUUCCAGUCAGAUGUGAAUAUAUUACGGGAGACGUGAAAGUGUGCAUGAACAAGGAUUGCGAAGGUGAUGACGAGAUGUGCAAACAAGUUGGUCCAGAGUAUAGAUGCUUUGAGAGUCAAUGCAAACCAACUUAUGGAGCAUGUGAUAAUUCUUGUGAUUGUGUGGAUAAAUAUAAUAUGAGAAAAGGAGAGGGGAAGUGUUAUAACAAGCAAUGUCUAUGCAGGACAGAUUGGAUUGAAAAAUGUGACUCAGAACCUACGCCACCACCAACCACUGCUACUACUCCUAAACCACCGCAAAUAAAAGGAGAAAAUAGUACUCCAGCUCCAACAACACCUGCACCAGUUUUAAAUGAUACCUGUAUAAUACCUCCUCCUAAAAGCUAUGGAAAACUUGGUGAUCCAUGCAGUGUUCAAAGUGCAUGCAGUCCCUUUGGCGAUUUGGUCUGUUUUAAGAAUAAUGGAUCAGCUGUUGGUUCCUGCCAACAGAUUGAAUGUAAAGAUGAUAAAGAUUGCUCUCAUGGCUGUUUCCCAAUGGAAUGUGGAGGUGGUACAUGUAGAUCUAAAGACUGCUCUGAAACAUUUUGUCCAGAUGGUUAUGGCUGCUAUAGUGACGGACAGUGUAAAAGGAUUAUGGGAAAAUGUAAUUUUGUAUGUGACUGUGGAGACUGUGGGGAGAUGGACUGUUUCAAAAACCAAUGUUUCUGUGAUAAUAACUUUGAUGACUGUGGAUCACCCACAGGUUAUGUCAGUAAAACUGACCCAACCCUUGCUGGUGGAACCUCAUAUUCUAAACAGCCAAGUGAUGAAUGCAAAGAACCUGAAUGUCCCAAAGAUUGGGUAAAAACAAGUGCAGGAUGUUACAAACUUUUACCAGAGCAGUCAACCUUUGAUGAAGCAACUGCUAAAUGCAAAAAAGAGAAAGGAUUCCUUGCUAAAGUUGAUUCUAAGAAAAAGAUGGAAGAGCUUCUGAAAACAGUUUUAAAGGAUGGAACUAUAUCUGCAUGGAUUGGAGCAAAGAAGGAAGGAGACUCAAUUAAAUGGAUUAUUGAUAAUGAAGCAAUUGGAUAUUCUCCCAGUGCUUAUGCUAGGAUUGAAACUGACCCUGCUAAGGCAUGUGUGCAAACCAUAAGUUCAUAUUGGCAAAAUUCUGCUUGCACAGAAAAGUUUCUUCCACUCUGUGAAAUUGCAACUGGAAAACAAGGAUAUUAAUUCUGAAUAUUUUCUAUGAAAUAAAUAUUUUAUAAAUAUA